GUCAGUAGCUUAACGUCAAAAUCACACAAAAAGUAUCUAACUUUUAUCGUCGAAGCACGUUGUUUAUAGUUAUGGAUAAUAUUUCGUCGGGAAAUUCCAUUGAAAUGGACUAUGCCAUUAUUGAUGCGCAAAAUGAUACACAAUCUUUAGGAGUGUAUGUUGAAAUACUACGACGAAAAGAUGCAAGGCAAAUUGAUGAAAAUGAAUUGUAUCGAUUGGUAUUCGAUUAUUUGAAAGAACGAAAAAUCAAUCAAACACUUGUCAAAUGUGAAAAUGCGCCCAUUUCUGAUUUGGUCGAAGAAAUCACAAUCAAUCAGCCAUUUUGGUUCCAAAACGCCAAAUUUGAAGAUGUCCAGUUCUUUGCGUACACUGUAAAUUCGCAUGCUGCUGAAAUGGAAACAAUUGAGACUGCUGACGGUGAUAUGGAGGAUAUUCCUGCAUCACAGCAUUGGAUUUUACCAAACCGAGAAUUUCAAGGAUUGUGGGAAUUUUUAUAUUUUGAAGAUGAUCUCAAAGAAAAUCUUUUGCGGUUCUCAAAGAGUUUAAUGCUUUUUGCCGAGAAAAAAGUUGACACAAAUGCAAUCUCUUGCAACAAAUUGAUUUUGCUCCAUGGCCCACCAGGUACUGGCAAAACGAGUUUAUCAAAGGCACUUGCUCAUAAAAUAUCAAUCCAUAUGAGCUCCAAAUUUCGAUACACACAUCUAUUUGAAAUCAAUAGUCACAGUUUGUUUUCAAAAUGGUUUAGUGAAAGUGGAAAAUUGGUAAUGAAAAUGUUUACAACUAUCAAAGAUGUGUGCCAUGACGCCGAAUCGUUGGUUGUAAUUUUAAUUGAUGAAGUGGAAUCAAUUGCCUAUGCUCGUGAUACUGUUUCGAUUCAACAGGAACCAUCCGAUUCGCUGCGUGUCGUAAAUGCGGUUUUAACACAACUAGACCAGCUGCGAAACCACAGUAAUGUUCUGGUUCUUACAACAUCCAAUUUAAGCGGUACGAUUGAUAUUGCUUUCGUUGAUCGCGCUGAUCUCAAGCAGUUUAUUGGAUUCCCUUCAAUUCCUGCAAUAUUCCAUAUUUUCAAGUCUGCUAUUGAUGAACUGGUUAAGGUUCAAAUCGUCAUAAAUGAAACUGAGGACAAAAAAUGGGGUUCAGCUAAUAUAGAACGAUUAUUGGACAUAGCUAAGAAAAGUCAAGGUUUAAGCGGACGCUCGCUAAGAAAGUUACCAUUACUAGCACACGCAUGGUUCAUCCAUAGCGAAAAGGUUGAUUUAUUAACAUUCCUGGUUGCUCUGGAUGGUGCAGUUGAAAAACAUUUGACUGAUAUAAGCGCCAUAUCGAAAUAGACUUACUUGCGAUCAUUUAAACAUAUUGUCACACAAAAUGAAUAAAGUUUGAAUCCUUUAUA